AUGAGAGCAAAAACGAUGCGACAGGCGCGGUGCGCAAGUGUGCAAGCCAAGCCAGCAAUGAAUUCGCGUCACAUAGAGGGUCCCGGAAUGAAAAUCCACUCCACGACGAACCAGGUGGGCGGUGUAGAUGCCUCACUACAACAACCUCGAGGUCGCACGCUAGCUGCGAAACGCAAGCGACCGUUUCAUCCAAAUCGGCCGAGCGCAUACGUUAGCCUUGGGAAGGUACGUCCCUUCACCGGCGACGUGCAACCCCCGGCAGCUCUUACGUCAGCGCUGGAGGCUCGCUCGUUCAGGCGCGAGUUGAUCCUCAUCACCGACACGCGCCCGCGGGCCGCCGUGCAAUUGCACGACAACUUGGCCCAGCUCGGCCUUGCACACAUCCUGUGGUUGACAAACUCGCGGGCGUUUUGCGCGGCAGCAGAUGUGCUCUUGCUUGCACGGGCGAAAUUGCAUGGUCAGCAGCCCGGCGCCUUCGCAGACGCCACCCUUGCCCACCGAGCUCUAAAGUCUGCGUCAGUGCCGUACACUUCCAUGGCCCAGGACUGGGAGGGGCAGCUAUCCUUGUCCCGGCAGGCUCGGGAGUUGCGUAAUGCACAGGCACUUCCCGCCCUGAAUGUGUCAGCUGCCAUGGCUGCGCUCGCGGCAGCUAGUGACGCCGCGGCCAGCGGGCGGCGCAACAUCAUCAGCAGCGCCGCGGGUGCCGGCCUUGCUGCGGCCGCAUCAUCCUCAUCCUCAUCCUCAUCUGCUGACCUGGGUUGCGUCUGGUACAACGAAACCUUUCCAGACGUGUUCGGCGGUCACCGGCGACUCAUGACUAAGCGACUUAUGCUGUUGGCUCGUACUGUGCGCCACGGCUACAACGUGCUUUCCCUGGACACGGACGUCAUCGCGUUCCGUGAGCCGUACAGUUUUUUUAAGACCCCACCGUACAGCUCCGCGCACAUGGUAGUGGGCAAGAGUGUUCGCGGAGGCAGUAUCGUCAACACUGGAGUCAUGUACUUUCAAAACGUGUCACGCAAUGGACCGGUAGCGUGGCUGCUGUCCGAGGCAGUGGAGCGCAAUCUCAGGUGGCUGGACAUGCCGCCGCCACCACCGGCGCCGAACUCGACUGAGAACUCAGCAACAGCAGCUUUAACACCGGAUAAGUCCUCCUCGGCCGCCCACCAGCUGAUGACGCCGCACGACGCGUCCCGAAGAGGCUGCUGGGAUCAGUUUCUGUUUGGCGAUGCUGUGCUUACAAGCAUCACCGGCAAGAUGUCACUGUACUACUGUGCGCGACCCGCGGACCGGUACGGCAGACCCUUGCUUCGACGCAGUGACGACGAUAGCGGCGGAUGGAACAUGCGUCACCGUACGGCACUGGGACUGGCGGACAGACAAGGUCCCUCAGAGCUUCUGGGGCGCGAAGUCACCCCAGUGACGGACCCAGACCUGCUCGGCCUGGUGGGCUCCGACACGUUCAUGACAAGUUGGGCCAACCUCACCAGGCCCCGGGACCCACAGCCGCUGCUAGCGGACGAGCCGAGCUACAGGCUACCCCCCUUCUUACCUGACGGCUUCGCGGCCAGAUUCCAGCGCGUACUGGCCGACGAUGACAACCUCUGGGCCAGUCGGCAGUCCGUGCUUCGCUCCAUGAACAGCAACAGGCGUCUACGAACCGCUGUGGACAAGUCGCGGUGCACCGAAGACCAACCCGAUGUUGCACAGGGCAGCUUGGACACGGCGCUUUGCAGCAGCAGUAGCAGGCACCUGGCUGGGGAGGAGGCAGCAGCGGAUGUCCGGCGCAGAGAUGCCCUGGGAGCUGCUGGGUCGCGGACGGGCGAUGGCCCAUUGCCGCCGCUGCAUCGGGAGAUGGAGAUGCUGGCGUAUGCGGCUGACUGGCUGGUAGGCGGCUGGACGCAGCGAGGAGUACUCGGAUACUGGGACCCCCAGCUCACGAAUGGAAUGCCCCGACAGGUCUUUGCGCACUUGGUGCGAGCCCCUGGACCGACCAGCAUCGGCAAGGACGCCGUGCGUAUGCAGUACGGCGAGUACAGCUGGGAGCUGGCAGCGCUCACGGAUGGCGGGCCGUUUCCCUUCCUAGGGUCCCCGAAUGCAUCGGAAGUGCCGAGAGUGGUUGCGCUGCUGCCGGACGUCGACACCACCACCUUCACGCAGGUCCAGUGGACCAGCAUGGCGCGUGGGCUGGUGCAGCUGGCCCUGCUGACGGGGCGCCGUGUCGUGUGGCCCGCAGUGCCGUGCGCGAGCAAGUGGGUGCAGCCAAAUCCCGGGUCACGCCGCGCACUACCUCUCAACCAGAACUUGCGUUUUAUGACCCACGGAUCGUUUGGGGAAGGACUGAUGUGCACACCGGCUGUAGUGCUGCACCAAAAGUGUCUGUUCGAGCGGCUGAACAGCGGGCGCAAUGAGUCGUCUGAGGUUGCCAGGGAUGAGGUUCCGGAGCCGCCGCGACGCGAGGGGGCGCGUGGACUGUUGCCCGUCGAGUUCGAGAUGCUGCUGCGCGUGCUGCCGCCGUCAGUGGCGCAGCCGGGGUCGCACAACACAGUGCACCUGCAGAACAAUGAUGACUACGAUGACAACGGACGUGGCGAGCGGCCAGUCAUGUUUGACGAGCCCCCGCGUGCCGAGCUCUACCGUUUUCGGCUACCGUUUCCUGCAUGUUGGUUCGCGGUUGACGGGCAGUUUGUUGGGAACCGCCCACGGAAAACCGGGGACAACUAUGUCGCCAUAAUGAUGGGUGGGGCGAAGCCGGGCAUUGUCUACGUGAAGGCGGCUGACGUGGCGAAGGCUUUACGUGAGGGGCCCCUGGCAGCACAACCCGUAUUGUACUUAGCGCAGCGCACUUUCCUCACCCAGCUGGACAAGCUGGGUGAGCCGGAACUGAUGGUGAAGUAUAGAACCUUUAGGAACGAGUGCCCAGCACUGAAGUGA